AUGGUUUUCAAACACUCUAGCGUGGUAAUCAGGACAGAUCUAGCCAUUCUAUUACCUGAUGGGUGUUAUGGAAGGAUUGCUCCAAGAUCAGGCCUGGCUGUGACACACUCCAUCUCAAUUGGAGGUGGUGUGAUUGAUAGGGACUACACUGGUGAUAUCCGUGUAAUCCUGUUCAAUCAUUCAGAUGAAGAUGUUCACAUCAAACGUGGCACCCGUGUUGCUCAGCUAAUUUGUGAAGCCGCGUUACAGCCUGAUUUAUAUGAAUUAACAGAAUUGCGAAACACCAUGAGAGGGAAUAAAGGAUUUGGAUCGUCGGGUUUUAUGUAA